CAGGUUCAGCAUUUACGAGAAAAUCAAGACAUACAGCAUACUGAUGAAAUACAUAUUCAAAAAUGUAUUCAUAAAUAUAUGAAUUAAGCGUACAUUCGUACAUGCGCACCUCUGCCGAUGAUGCUAACUGAAACACUUUCUUAACCUGAAUAUUGAAAGAUCCGGUGAUGAAUUGCAUGUAUGCAAAACUUUCUUUGACAGCCUGGGAGGAAAGCUGAAAAAUGCAAUGUUCUUGCAUCUCCCUCGCGGCAAAGCUGAAUGAAGCAGCUGCUCUGCGAUCCCCCGGCGACAGAUUAGAGCAACUACGGCUCGAGAGAAAUAAGAGUAAACUGUUUAACAUUUAAAGUGGAAAAAGCAGACACACACAAAACCAAUUCAUUUUCAUCUCAUGAAAUCACGUACAUUCCCUUCCGUAAAUCUUUAUUUGUGUAUACAACAUAAAACAAAGAUUUAAGGAACCUUAUUGUGGUUUGAAGUAGGAUAGGCCUAUCUACAAAUUAAUAGAAUGUCUUAAGCCCCGGAAAAAUUGACGUAGGCUAUUUAACAGGUUCAACACUGUUUUAUUGACAGAACACAGAUUAAGUACAUGCGAUGAAAGACGAGAUCAGUUAAGAAAUCUGAUGAAAAAAAAUCAAUUACACGUUAUAGAAUCAAUCGUGUGGUCCAUUCUGCAUCAAUAACGUCUUCGACCGACGGACCCACACGCGUAAAACCAAAAGACUGGAUGAAAGGUCAGCACACCUCAGUCAAAAAACAAGUAAUGAAAAAUAUUAUUAACGCUAGCCGAGUUUAGCGACGCGUCACACUUAAACAGAUACAGGCACACGUAGCCUAAUUCAGUAAAUAUUUACUUAAUGUGAAGGGAGCCAUUUAAAGAUCACGGAUAAUAAUAAGGUAUAUAUAAAAGCAUCAGUUUUAAAUCAACGUGGUAUUUUUGUCUUACCGAGAUCACGGGUUAAUUCCUCGCAGAAAUGGGGGAAUAAUUCUUCCGUCUUCACUCUCUGGGAUAGGGAGCCGCUAGCUGUGCCCACGCCUCGCUGUAAAAAGGGGAGAAUCAUCCUCUCAACCUUUCUGGCUCUGUUUUACACGACUUUCAGAGUUCGGCUGUCUAAACCCAUUGCUUGUGAUACAGUAGCAAGUCCUUUGCGCCUGGAAACCGUGCUAUCCAAGAUAUUUCGCACACAUUGUGUGUGCGCGCAGUAAGGCACGGUGUAGGCAUAUCGGCUCCAAUGCUAUCGAUGUGCUUUCAUGUCCCUACGAAUUAAUUUAUUGCUUAUAAUUAGUCUGUUUUUAUGUAAUUAAUCGGUGCAUGAGAUAAUUUUGCAUGCGUUCAUUGCUACUGAACACACUUAAAUUAAUGCUGCAUUUAGUUAUUAGAUUAGAAAAAUAAAACACGCUAUAAGAACUCAUCAAAUCUAGUGCGGAAAUUUGUUCGUGCACUUGUGGAGUCUCGUGUAGAGGUGUUUUAUAUAAACAAAAGCAACCAGAGACUUUUUUCCAGUCAAAAAUGUCUUGAAAAGCGACCACAGUGGCCAAGAAUUCCCUCUACAUAUAGCUAAUGAACGUAAAAAUGUCCAUAUUUGGUACAUAUAAUUAUGGACUUGAGUAUUUUUUGAAAAUUGUUCAAGCCGACAUGUACUUCAUUUAUUCCAUAGUAGCUGGGUUUUUAACACAUUUGGAGUCUUAGUUAGCUGCGCCGUCAAAAUGCGCACGCAAUGGAGGAGCGCAUUGCUCACUGGCGCCAUCCUCCCCCGAAUGGAAGGAUCACAACACAACAACUCGGCACUCUAUGGCUGGUUCGACUGUCUGUCACGGUAUGUGCAAAAAAAAUUUAAUAUACAGAGAAAAAAUCUAAGCAAUAUUUCAAUCGGUAGGCGGGCUAGGAAUGGAGAGAACAAUCUGUCAGUGGAGCCAGGGAGCCACCUCAAAGCAUAUCGGGUUACUUUGAAUGACAGCGUAACCAUGGCAAAUAAUUUGACUAAAACUAUUGUCUUAUCCUCACCAUCCCCGGGUCAGAUAACCAACCAAUCACAGUUCACAUAAUCGCUUUUCUUGCCAGCUUAGAAUAAUAUUAUUAAAACAAGCGAACGAGGCUAGUCUUUAGGAGUACGUUAUGUUGAAACGGUAUAGAAAAGGUGGCGAUCGACUCGGGGAGAAGAAAAACUUGGUUUCCUGGUAGUUUAAUUCGAAUGUCGUACAUAAUGUAUCUGUGAACAGGACUAAAAAAGUUUUCCAGUCGGAUUGGAUUUAUCAUCGUCCUUUUCAAACUCUUGCAACUCUGAAGUCUUGCCGUCUACGGACUUACAACGUUCGGCUUUUUGAUGUCUUAGUUUGAAAUACAACGUAAAACAAGACGAAAAACAUACCUGCUCAUUAAAUAGCAACCAUGUCUAUGCUUCCAACAUUUGGCUUUACGCAAGAGCAAGUCGCGUGCGUCUGUGAGGUUCUUCAACAAGGGGGCAACAUCGAACGUCUUGGUCGCUUUUUGUGGUCCUUACCAGCAUGCGAACACCUCCACAAGAACGAAAGCGUCCUGAAAGCAAAAGCAGUAGUUGCUUUUCACAGGGGUAAUUUCAGAGAGCUAUAUAAAAUUCUAGAGAGCCACCAAUUCUCUCCGCAUAAUCAUCCAAAGCUGCAGCAACUUUGGCUUAAGGCACACUACAUCGAGGCUGAAAAACUGCGGGGCCGCCCUCUCGGGGCUGUGGGAAAGUACCGCGUUCGCCGAAAGUUUCCCUUGCCCCGGUCAAUAUGGGACGGAGAGGAGACCAGUUACUGCUUCAAGGAAAAGAGCCGGAGCGUACUGAGGGAGUGGUACACUCACAAUCCGUACCCUUCCCCUCGAGAGAAGAGGGAGUUGGCCGAGGCCACUGGACUGACAACCACCCAAGUCAGUAACUGGUUCAAGAACAGACGGCAAAGGGACCGCGCGGCGGAGGCGAAGGAAAGGUACGAGGAAAACAACGAGAACUCUAAUACGAACAGCCAUAACCCAUUGACUUCUUCCAUGAAUGGAAAUAAAACCAUUUUGGGGAGCUCGGACGACGAUAAAACACCCUCGGGAACCCCUGAUCACACCUCGUCAAGCCCAGCUUUGCUCCUGACUUCAAACUCGGGGCUACCACCCUUGCACGGCCUCGCGCCACCGCCUGGUCCCAGUGCUAUUCCCGUUCCCAGCACGGACACCGUGCACCAUCACCAUUCUUUGCACGAUACUAUACUGAACCCUAUGUCGUCCAACCUGGUCGACCUCGGCUCUUAAACGAAGGGACUUCUUUUUAAAGGACAAUAAAAGAAUCGUGGACGCUCGAGAGAAAAAAAGCCAUCAGACACUUGAAGUGAUGUACAAAAACAAGCGAAAAGCCAGAGUCAGGAUGUUUUUGUCCGCACGGAGAGAGGAGAGAUGGUAGGCGUUUAAAGGUAUUUUAAUAGAAUGUAAUACAAAAUAUCUUGUUGAAAACAGUAACAAUAAAACGUCUUAAUUCUUGUUAUUAUUAGUUAUUAUUUUAGAGGACAGAUUUCAACAAAUCCGUAUACACUCAGUUGGAUACCCCAGCCAUUCUCUAUUUGUUUACGCACUGCAGAUUAUCAAAAAGGCCAUCUUUGGUUUUAUUUUUAUGGGGUAUCACAUUGGAGAUCUAUUAUAGGGGAAGAAGUCUUUGAAACAAAGAUUAAGAUUAUAAUCUCUUCUUUUUGUAUUUUAUUUUGGAAAGCGACUGCAUGUAAACUUUGCGAAUAAUAAAAAAUAUAAAUAAAUCGAUCCCACCAUAGUUUCAUAUACCCUUUACAAUAAAAACAAACAUUGAAUUUA